CCCUCUUCCCCCUUCAGCUCACCUACAGCGAGGCGCCGCUCUCUCUCUCCUUCUCCCGAGCCGAUCCGAUCCGACCGUCUCUCCCGGCCCUUCAGGCUCCCGCUAAAGUCUGACUCCACCUGGGGACUCGCACAGAGCUGCUGAGAUGGCAAUGAAGGACAUUCUGAAAGCUGAUGACAUCCAGAAGGCCCUGGAUGCAUUCAAAGCUGCAGACUCCUUUGAUCAUAAGAGGUUCUUUGCCAUGGUGGGUCUUAAGACCAAGCCCGACGACGAUGUGAAGAAGGUCUUUCUACUUCUGGAUGUGGAUAACAGCGGAUUCAUCGAGGAGGAGGAGCUUAAGUUUGUGCUGAAGGGAUUUGCCACGGAUGGACGCGACCUGACUGAUAAGGAAACGAAAACCUUUUUAGAAGCAGCAGACAAGGAUGGAGAUGGCAAAAUUGGGAUGGAAGAGUUUAUUGCCUUGGUGCGCGAGUGAUAGACACACCCCAGACUAAGUAGAGCUCCGCCCCUCUCCCCAACCUUGCACAGUCGUCCCUUACUGACCCACCCCCCG